UCUCGGCGCGGCCUAUAAAGGGGCCUCCGCGGCGGACGCUGCUCCCUCUCUGCCCGCAGCCUCGGAGGAGGAAAGGACGAAGGAAGGGAGGGUGGGGGAAAGGACAAAAAAAAUCUUAAAAGGGGGGAAAAAGCCUUAAAAACAGCAAAAGAGAAAAACAAAAGGAAAAAUUUGAUUUAAUAAUAAACAGGAAAAAGAGGAGGGUAAUUAAUUAAUAAUAUAGUAAUUAAGCAGAAUAGCGCGGGAGAGCCUGUCUGUCUGUCUGUCGUGCCCCCAGCCCCCAAAUUUGUUGCCUGGUUGUUCUCCCCCCCCCCAUUUUGUGGCAAGGCUCCCCCAGGGUCCCUUUUUUAUUGCUGGGGUCUUCUCUCUCUCGCCCCCCUGCUUUGAUCCCUAUUUAAUAUUCUUACACCCCCCCCGCGAUAUUCACGGCCCCGAAUUCUAGAAUUCCCUGCCCCCGCCAAGAGGGCUUUUUCUUCCGUUUUUUCUUGUCUCUUACUCCGCCUUUGCCUUUUCUCAGACUCAAGAUUUACUUGGUCCCUCUUCCCAACUUACUGUCUCCGCCCCCCCCCCCGUUUCUGCGACUCAUCUGCAUGUUCUUUUCUCUCCCACCCAAGUUUUCUCUCUUUCCUCUCCACCGGCAUCAUUUUCUCUGUAAGUGCCCCCCCUGCUCCUUACUUCCGUCUUCUUCGGUUUGUCCUUCCUUGGUGUUUUCCUGCCCUUUGAAAUGAAAAUUUUCGCAGCAGCAAAAAAAGAAAAGUCAUACCGUGUUAUCUGCGCGCCAGGCUUUUCUAGAUCAAUAUUUUUGUUGUCUGUUAUAAGCACCGCAUGAACGCCCAGUUUAGCUGUGUUUUAUAAAUAGUCUCCUGGGGGCAAGGAACUUUAUAUGUUUAAAAUGAUUCAGGGUUGUUGAAGACCUCCACCCCCCCAAAAAAAAAGCUACCUUUUUUACAAUUUGGGAGAUAGAAAAAAAGUUAAUCUGAUUGCAUUAAGGUACAAGUUUAACACAAUCCCAAAUUGCUUAUUUUGCAAGGGAAAGAUUAAGAAUUUAUUUUUUUAAAGGUAGAAUUGGAUAUUUUAUUUUUUGAAAUCUAUUUAAACUGCUUUUUGAACUAAGUUUAUUUCAGGACCUUUCAUUUAAUUUUCUGUGCAGGUCUUCCACCCAGUUCUGUCUCUGUCUUUUUAUCAAAUACUAUUUAUCUUUUUGAAAUUUGCACUGCUUUUUUCUCUGGUAGCUGCUUCCCCUUACGUUCCAACACAGAAGGCUUUCUGGCAACACUUUCAGCCUAUCCUCUAAGCUCUGCCCUCUUUCCUGUAAAAACUAGUAAAGUUAAAAAUAUAUUUUGGAAGAAAUACUUGUUGAAAACUUAAACGGAACACCUGGGUCCGUGUGUAGGGAGUUGGAAGAUGAACACAGCUGCCAGUAGCUACCCUAUGGCAUCUCUGUAUGUGGGUGACCUGCACCCUGAUGUCACGGAGGCCAUGUUGUAUGAGAAGUUCAGCCCUGCUGGUCCUGUGCUUUCCAUCCGAGUCUGCAGAGAUAUGAUAACCCGGCGCUCCCUAGGAUAUGCCUAUGUCAACUUUCAGCAGCCAGCUGAUGCUGAGCGAGCCCUGGACACCAUGAACUUCGAUGUGAUCAAAGGCAAACCCAUCCGCAUCAUGUGGUCUCAGCGGGACCCUUCUCUGAGGAAAUCAGGUGUAGGGAAUGUUUUCAUCAAGAACUUGGACAAAUCCAUAGACAACAAGGCGCUUUAUGACACAUUCUCAGCUUUUGGGAAUAUCCUUUCUUGCAAGGUGGUGUGUGACGAGAACGGCUCUAAAGGCUAUGCAUUUGUGCACUUUGAGACACAAGAUGCUGCGGACCGGGCCAUUGAGAAGAUGAAUGGCAUGCUGCUGAACGACCGCAAAGUAUUUGUUGGCAGAUUUAAAUCCCGUAAAGAGCGUGAGGCAGAACUGGGAGCCAAAGCAAAGGAAUUCACUAAUGUCUACAUUAAAAACUUUGGAGACGACAUGGAUGAUGAGAAGCUGAAGGAGCUCUUCAGCAAAUAUGGUAAGACUCUCAGCGUUAAAGUCAUGACAGACCCCACUGGGAAGUCGAAAGGCUUCGGCUUUGUCAGCUUUGAAAAGCAUGAAGAAGCCAACAAGGCAGUGGAAGAGAUGAAUGGAAAAGAUAUAAAUGGGAAAAUGGUGUUUGUGGGCCGUGCGCAGAAGAAAGUGGAACGCCAGGCAGAGCUGAAAAGGAAGUUUGAGCAGCUAAAACAAGAGAGAAUCAGCCGAUACCAGGGAGUUAAUUUAUAUAUUAAGAACUUGGAUGAUACUAUUGAUGAUGAGAAACUGAGGAAGGAAUUCUCUCCUUUUGGAUCUAUCACAAGUGCCAAGGUAAUGCUAGAAGACGGGCGAAGCAAAGGCUUCGGCUUUGUCUGCUUUUCCUCUCCAGAAGAAGCCACCAAAGCUGUAACGGAAAUGAAUGGGCGCAUUGUGGGCUCCAAGCCAUUGUAUGUGGCUUUGGCACAGCGAAAGGAGGAGCGGAAAGCCCACUUAACCAACCAAUAUAUGCAGCGCAUUGCUGGAAUGAGAGCCCUGCCUGCAAAUGCGAUCAUCAAUCAGUUCCAGCCAGCUGCAGGAGGGUAUUUCAUGCCUGCUGUCCCCCAGGCUCAGAACAGACCCACUUACUAUGCACCUAAUCAGAUCACUCAGAUGAGACCCAACCCACGCUGGCAGCAAGGAGGGAGACCUCAAGGUUUCCAAGGGAUGCCAAGCACAAUGCGCCAGUCUGGACCACGGCCAGCACUGCGCCAUCUGGCUCCAGCGAGUAAUACUCAGGCCUCCCGAGGCAUGCCUUGUGCAACCCAAAGGGUUGGGGUUGCUGCCACAGCUCCAAACUUAGCGCCUCGACCACCUGCAGCUGCCCAAGCUCCAAGGGCUGUUCCGCCAUACAAAUAUGCCUCAAGUGUCCGCAGCCCCCACCCAGCUGUACAGCCUUUGCAGGCCCCUCAGCCUGCUGUCCAUGUGCAAGGACAAGAGCCUUUAACUGCGUCCAUGCUAGCAGCUGCCCCUCCCCAAGAGCAAAAACAGAUGCUGGGAGAACGUUUGUUCCCGCUGAUCCAAGCUAUGCAUCUCAGCCUUGCGGGCAAGAUCACAGGAAUGCUGCUGGAGAUUGAUAACUCAGAGUUACUGCACAUGCUGGAGUCUCCAGAAUCCCUCCGCUCAAAGGUGGAGGAGGCGGUGGCUGUGCUGCAAGCUCACCAAGCCAAGAAAGAAGCUGCCCAGAAAGUGGGCAUCGUUGCUGCUACCUCUUAACUAGGGAGGCUGGUUGAAAAAGCCAAAUGAGCCCUCUGAAGAAACUUUCUGUUAAAGAUGUUUAGAAAUAACUGUGUUCUGCACAUUUCAGCCCCAUGCAACAUACUUCAUUAUCAGUGUGUAAAACUCUUAAUAUGCCUUAUUUGCAAAACAAACACAAAACUUCCACUACAGCUUUUGAUUUCCAGGAUUUCAAUAUGCAAGGUUUCCUUCUCAGAGCCAGGACACAGCUGCUGUGUCUUCCCAUAAGCAGAGCAUGGACAUUUUUCUGACUGGACAUUUUUCGUUUGUGCUUCAUGGUUUUAAUCAAACAAUCCUGUUUGCAAAGUCUGGAAAGUGUUAUCAAUAAAAGAAUUAAAAUGUU